AUGACUAGCUCCAUGAAUUACACAUACGAGAAAAGUGUGACACCAGUUGUCAUAGAUAGAACUAAUGAACAAUUCGAUGAACAACAAAUACAACAGCUUGAAAAUCAAAAACAAAAUUUUGAAGAAAAGCUAAACCAUGCUAGAAGUAAAGAAUCAAAACUAUGUGAGGACAAGGAAACAUAUAAAUAUGAAACAACAACACAUCUAAGUGAAUUACGUCGACUCAAUGAAGAACUCAUACAAAGAAAUUCUGAAAUCGAACGAGUCGAACAAGAACUUGAAAAUUUACGUGAUGAAAAAUUAAAAAUCGAAGACGAAUAUCGACAACAAGAGAAUGAAUAUGAUCAUUUAAAACAACAACUAGAUCGAAAUGAAGAUGAACUUGAACAACUUCAAACAAAAUUAUACGAAUUAACUGAAGAAAAAAUUCAUUUAGAAGAAGAAUCAAAAAAUUUAAAACAAAAAUGCCAAGAUAUGGAAAAGAAACAACAUAAACGUCUUCAACAGAUUCAACAGCUCGAAGAACAACAAGAAGAAUUGAAAAUGAGUUUAAAGGAAUCGACGAAAGAAAUUCGUCAAAUUGAAAAUAAAAUUAAACAAUUUCAACAAGAAAUGCGUCAAUUCGAACAAGAAUUAACUACAAUUGAACAACGACAUAUUGAACUUGAACAAAAAUUGAAUGCAAAUGAAUCGAUUCGUGAUCGUCUUGAAACUGAAAUUAGAAAAAUUGAAAAUAUGACUCGACGUCUUGAACAAUUAAUUGAUAUGAAAAGAAAUCGAAUGAAUGAAUAUAAUCAAUACAAACAACAGUUACAAGCUGAAGAGAAUCAAGCUCAAGCCGAAAUAGUUCAAGCAAAACAACAACUCAUUACGCUUGAAGAAAAAAUGAAAUUGUUACAAGAUGUUACCGAGCAAAGUCGAGUGGAAGUAAAUAGAUUGAGACAAGUAAUUGUACAAGAGGAAAGACAAAUGCAACAAUUAAAUCAGCAAAAGCAAAGUCUUGAGUACGUAAACCAAUAG